UUUUUGACUACUUACGAGCGAGUGUUUACAAAUUAUAUCCGUGAAAAGAACAGUUCUGAGCUUGAAAUCGAGGCGCAGUUUUGGCUACCCGAAGCGCAUAACCUCAAAUAUUUUCCCACUACUUAUGGUGGAAAAUUACAAGGAGUAUAUAUAAUAUAAUCAAGAAAAUGAUGGAGAGCUGCAAUGACGUAGUUAGAAUAAAGGAAGAGUUGAGCGAUACUUUGACGAACGCAGGUGAAGAUUAUGUUUUCAAUUUGGUAAAUUCUUAUAAAGCCGAAAACUUGGAAACGAUCCCGUGUUAUACAGUAAAACAUGCGAAUGAAACUACAGCGCUACACGAGAGGUUAGAUAAAAAAAUAUUCAUCGAUUUUGAGUGCCAACAUAUUAAACCUGAACUGAAGGCUCAAUCAACAAUCAACAGCAAAUUUGAGUAUAAAAAUAUUCAACCUGUUGUGAAAAAGGAAAACCAAAAUUCGAUCAAAUACACGAAUGAUAAAAGCCUAAUAAUUUUGAUUAAAAAGGGAUUUAAUUAUAAUGAAAAUUGCCAAUCGAUUUCUAACUCCUGUAUAGCAUCGACCGGACAUGAGAAACUACCGAAUUUUGAAAAAAGUCGUAAUAAACCCUUUGAUUGCGACAUUUACCACAAAUCAUUUGGGCAAACAGUUACCCUCAAAAAUCACACAAAUGCAGUACAUAAUCGAAACAAACCAUUCGAAUGUGAGAUUUGUCACAAAUCAUUUGGAAUACAAUCGAAUCUCAAAGUACACGUAAAUUCAGUGCAUAAAAAAAGUAAACCCUUCGAAUGCGAUAUUUGUCAUAGAUCAUUUCGACAAAAAAGUAACCUCAAAGAUCACAAACAGGCAGUACACGAUCGCAUCAAACCCUUCGAAUGUGAUAUUUGUCAAAAAACAUUUACAAGAAAACAAAAUCUUAAAAGCCACAGAAUAACAGUACAUGAUCGUAAGAAACCUUUCGAAUGUGAUAUCUGUCACAAAUCAUAUGGACUAAAAUCGAAUCUCAAAUUACACGUAAAAACAGUGCAUAAUAGGAGCAAACCUUUUGAAUGCGAUAUUUGUCAAAAAUCAUUUUCACUCAAAAGUGUCCUCAAAAGACAUAUAAAUGACGUACAUGAUCGUAGCAAACCCUUUGAGUGUGAGAGUUGCCGCAAAUCAUUUGGAUACCAGCAAACCUUGAAAAAUCACAUUAUUCAAUUUCAUGAUCUAGACAAACUCCUGGAAUGUCAGAUUUGUCACAAAUCAUUUGGACUAAAAUCGAAACUCAAACUACACGUGAAUUCAGCGCAUAAAAAAAGUAAACCAUUCGAAUGUGAUAUUUGUCAUAGAUUAUUUGGACAAAAAAGUAACCUUAAAAGUCAUAUAAUUACAAAAAAUCAAAUCUUAAAAGGCACAGAAUAA